AUGGCGACACCAGCCCGCUACCGCAAACCAACCGGCUCCUCUGCAACAGCCUCCACAUCCACCGGAAGCCAUGAAGACACGGUUCAUAUCCCCCGCGCGCCCGCGUCGACCUCUGAGGCCAAGAAGGAGCUAAAGGCCGCAGUCAAUGACCAAGCAGCCAGGACAUCUAACGGCUUUUCACUCCUGGACGUUCUGCGUGUACUCGGUGGACUGGCAAUACUUAGCGCGGGGCUGUCGUAUCUGAGCACGAGCGGGGAGAGCAUGACCUGGGGCUACAACGCGAAGUGGACGCGGAUGCGAGAGUGGAAGAACCUCGUCAGAGGACAGAUCUCGCUGACCGACAUCGAGCUGCUCCAGUACGACGGCAGCGACCCACAGAAACCCAUCUACCUUGCGCUCAACGGCACCAUCUACGAUGUCUCCAGCUCGCCACAGACAUACGGACCCGGUGGGAGCUACCACUUCUUUGCAGGCCGCGACGCCGCGCGCGCGUUCCUCACGGGGUGCUUUAUCGAGGACGCGGUUCCAGAUCUGCGCGGCGUAGAGCGCAUGUUUGUCCCUAUAGAUCCAGAGAAGAAAGAGGGUGCGACCGCUGAGGUCAUAGAAAAGGCGAAGCAGAGGAAGGAGUUGAGCAAAGGCGAGAUCAAGAACAGGCACGCGCAGGACUUAAGGGUGGCGAAGCAGCAGAUGGUGCAAGGGCUGGAGAGCUGGCAUGCAUUGUUCAGUGGAGCAAAGGGGAAGCCGUACUUCAAGGUGGGAACUGUGAAGAGGCCACAGGGUUGGGAGAAGCUUCUGCCUGAGAGGCCGCUUUGUGAGCAAGCUGAGAAGAGCAGGCCGGUCAGGAAGUACGAGUAA